GGAAUAUGUCCGACUUGGGUCAACUAAAAAGUAGAUUACAUAAUUGAAAACGAUAUAUCUACUUCAGAAAGACACUGCAUUGUAAUUAUGAGGUUGCUGCAAACUCUACGGGAAAAUCUUUUCAAAAGACCCAGUUGGACGGGCAAUAAAUUUUUAUAGUUUAUCGGAAAACUAAUUUGAGACAAAGUGCAUGGAUUAUUCACAUGUGGAAUCUCUGCCAAACUUUUUCCUUUCAAUCACUAUUAAUUUUUCAUCAAAGGGAAAUCCGGCUACUUAAAGCACUAGACAGGGGACAUCGUGUCACACGAGUCAUGGAAGCGUACGAGAAAUCAGAUCGCGCCGAAUUGCCGAAACACCUUCGGACCGACGGAGUUAAGUGGCUCUUCGUACCCGUCAAAGUCAUACUGGACGCUUUGAGCGUGUGGCCGGAACGACAAAAUAAAAUUACGCUCACAUUGAGUCUAGCGGUUAUCAUCAGUUACCUGUACAUAUUCACAGCCCAGAUCAGCUUCAUUUUGGAUAAGAACACGGAUCUGUCCACCGCCGCCGAUGCUAUUGCCGGAGUCAUUGCCGCAAUUGAAACCGCAGGUCGCCGAAUUAUAAGCAUAUUUUUGGCGAAGAAAAUCGCCAAAAUUUUAUUGACGGUGUACUUCGAGUUUUGGCCCUCCGACUUGGUGACUCCCGAACUGAGCAGGCUCUUAACGCGAAGAAGUUGGAUUCUACUGGUAGCAGUCGCGUGCUACACGUCCUCGGCACUCUUUUGGUCCUCGCAGUGUUUGACGGUGCCGUUUCAACUGCGCGACACUCCGCUGCCGUCCAAAUUCACCUUCCCAUACUUAAGCAGUCCAUUUUACGAGAUGGUCUACAUCUGGGAGGGCGUUUUGAGCGUCGAAUUGGCCAUUAACAUUUGCAGCUUCGACUGGUUCUUCAUGAGUGUAAUUUGGUCGUGCACCGCCCAGUUUCGCCUCCUGCGGGAAUACCUGAAGGCGAAUUUUGUAAAGGCCGAAGCAAGCGGGCAGGCUUGGGAGUUGAUGGUGAAGUGUAUCAAACACCAUCAGCUGCUAAUCGAAACCACGAAGAACAUAGAAGGAAUGCUCACGGUAUUUAUUUUGAUCGUUUACCUUGGCACUGUUGGUACGGUCUGUCUGUCCGGAUUCCUUCUGACUAUCGUUCGAACCGAGUUUGGAAGACCGUUGACUUAUUUCUGCGGCCAUAUGAGUCAAAUAUUUCUGUACUGCUUCAUUGGUAAUGAACUUAGUAGAGAGAGCCUGGCGCUGGCGGAUUCAGUCUACGAGUGCGGUUGGCAUCUGACGGCGUACGAUCGCCGAGUUCGCAAAUCGCUCAUCUUAAUUAUGGCAAGAGCUCAACGUCCCAUCACGAUCACCCUUGGAGGCUUUGGAGUUUUGAGUCUAGGAAGUUACAUGAAGCUGCUGAAAUUCUGUUUUUCCGUAUACACGCUUCUCAGUACCAUGAUGGCCAAGCAACGAAACACGCUCUGAAGAACACACUUACCCCCC